GAGAACAUACGUAUGGUGAAGGACGUCUUAAAAUGGUUUGAGCUUAUGUCGGGCUUGAGGAUAAAUUUUAGAAAGAGCAGUGUCUUUGGGUAUAAUGUGUCAGAGAAAUGGCUAAAAGGAUCAGCGGGAAUGUUACGCUGCGGGGUUGGUCGAGCACCUUUCCUUUAUUUGGGAUUGCCCGUGGAUGGUAAAUCUGGGAACAAGAAGUUAUGGGAGCCGGUUGUAAAUAAAUUCCGUGCCAAGCUUGCUGUCUGGAAGGCUGCCACUCUUUCCUUCGGAGGCCGCCUCAUCUUGCUAAAUUCGGUACUUUCUGCACUACCUAUUUUUUAUAUGUCAUUAUUUUUAUUGCCUAAGGUUGUGCUUGCGGAGAUGAUUAGAAUUCAAAGUGCUAAGGCGAAGGGGGGUCUAGGGGUACCGGAUUUGCGUAGAAAAAAUUGGGCAAUGUUAGAGAAGUGGUGGUAUAGGAUGGGUGAUGGGGUUGACAGCUUGUGGAAAAGGGUGGUGAGGGAGAAAUACUAUGGAGGUAGGAGGGAGGUCGAUAUCACUGCGAUUGAGUGUGCGAGGACUUCAAAGAUUUGGAGGGAUAUUAUUAGGAUAGGGGGUCAGUCUUGGAAACAUAGGAAUAUGCUGGCUGAGGGUUUCAAGUGGGAGGCGGGUGAGGGUAAAAAAGUGGCCUUUUGGCAUGAGUGGUGGGUUGGAGAUAAAAAUCUUAGGGAUUUAUUUCCAAGGUUAUUUGAGUUAUCAGUGAAGAAGGAAGGAAAGGUUUCCGAAAUGGGCUUUUGGGAAGAGGGUAAAUGGGUCUGGCGGGUUGAGUGGAGGAGGGGAACAAUAGGGCAUGAGAAAAAUGAGGAGGAGAUGUUGGAGAAGAUGCUAGAGGGUGUACAUUUAAAGGAGGGGGUGGGGGAUGUUUGGAAGUGGGUUCAUGAGAUGGAAGGCAAAUAUGUUGUAAAAAUAGCUUAUGACCUUCUAGCAUCUACGGAGUGUGUUUUAGAGGACCAGAUGUGCAAAUUAAUAUGGUGCAGUUGGGUGCCAUCAAAAGUGACUUUUUUUGGGUGGCGAUUAUGUUUAAAUAGGCUCCCAACAAAGGAAAACCUUCAAAAACGUGGGAUGCAGUUACAAGAAGGGCCUUUUUGCGAUCGUUGCAAUGGGACAGUGGAGGAAGUUAAUCAUUUAUUUUGCGUUUGUUAUAAGGCAUGGUUAGUUUGGGCACAAGUGUUGAGUUGGUGGGGUGUGGAGAGUGUCUUGCCUAAUACAGUGGUGGGAAUGACAGAUUUUUUCUUAGGUGGUUUAGGAAGAAUAGUUGGUAAGGAGAUGGGAUCCUGUAUUUUUCUAGUGGUUGCCUGGUAUUUAUGGUAUAGACGCAAUGCUCAAGUAUUUCGAAAAGAUGAAGGAUUAAUUGAAAAUCUGCUGGAAAGGGUGCAAGUUAGAACCUUUUUAUGGAUUAAAUCUAAAGUGAAUGGCUGCAUUUUCUCCUUUCAUGAAUGGCAAUCUCGUCCGAUGGAGUGCGCGAUGGCUGUCAAAAAUCAUAAAAGGAUGAGGAAGCAAUUCUACAAGACAUUCGGGUCCCCUGGUUGAGGGUUUGGCAGUGCAGAAGGUUUUGUUUUUAAUCAGGUCUAUAAGUUUUGUCAUAUUCUGGUUGUAAGGAGCCUGGCUCCAAUCAGAUGUGGGUACCAUCAAGACGUGGGUGCCAUUUUGUUGUAGAAGGGUUGAAGCACCCCUUGUGCUUCUUUAAAUAAAAAG